CAAACACUGCCAACUAAAAGCACUGAAGGAAUAAGACACGUUACCAUGCAAAGCCCAGCAUCUCGGGGUCGCCCUGUCUCUGAAGAGCAGUUCUCAUGCUCCAUCUGCUUAGAGGUGUUUGUGGAGCCAGUCUCCACCCCAUGUGGCCACAGCUUCUGCAAGGCCUGCCUGCAGGGCUACUGGAACCACAGCAAGAAAAUUCUCUGCCCCAUGUGCAAAAAGAGCUUCUCCAAAAAGCCAGAGCUCUGCGUGAACCGUGUGUUGGCUGAGAUAGCUGAGCAGUUCCAGGGCCUGUCUGUGGCUUCACCCGGGGGUACUGAUGCCACCACUAUGACUGGCAUUGGGAGUUCGCCAGCAGCUGUGGCAAGGGAUGAAGACGGAGGUGACUUCGCCAAAUCUGGAGAUGUCCCAUGCGAUGCGUGUAUUGGGAGGAAAAUGAAGGCCAUGAAGUCCUGCCUGAACUGUCCUGGCUCUUUCUGUGAGACUCACCUCCGGCACCACAAGAAGGGCAAGACCCUUGCAAAACAUAAGUUGAUGGACCCCAUCCACCACCUGGAGGACAAGCUGUGCAGGAAGCAUGAUCGCCUCUUAGAGACAUAUUGUCGCUACGACCAGGUGUGCGUGUGCCGGGAAUGUGCAGAGCUCACUCAUAAAUCACAUGAAAUCGUCCCAGCUGAACGAGAAUACAAGAAGAAAACAAGUCAGCUUGGGAAAACAAGAUCAGAGCUGAAACACCUAAUCAAAGAGAGAGCCAAGAAAUUAGAAGAGAUCAAACAGUCCAUCAAAGAGAUCAAAUCAAACAGUCAGCGGGAGAUUGAGGACAGCUGGGCAGUGUAUGCGGAGCUGCAGAGAUUGCUAGAGCAGAGCCAGGCCCAGGUAGUGGAGCGGAUCACGAUGCAGCAGAGGCAGGCUGAGGAGCAAGCACGGGACCUGGCCACCCGACUGGAGCAUGAGCUCAAUGUCCUCAGGAACAGGGCCACUCAGCUGGAUGGCCUCAUGCACACCCAGGACAAAGUGCUUUUCCUCCAGCUCAUGCCCACUUUGCCCUCUCUUCCUGAGCCUGCUGAUUGGUCCAGUGUGUCGGUGAACACAGAUCUGCAUCUAGGCACAAUCAGAAAAUCUGUCAGCAGUCUAAUUGAGAAGUUUCAUGAAAAUGUGAAGCACCUAUAUGGGAAAGAGCUAAGAAUGUUACAGAACUACUCAAGUGAGGUGUUUAUGGACCCAGCGACUGCUCAGCGUAAUCUAGUGGUUUCUGAUGAUGGGCGGCAGGUACGUUAUGAAGAAGGCCGCAAGUCUAUGUCACAUUCGGACAGCCCACGCCGCUUCAGUCCUGCCCUAUUUGUGCUCGCCCGGGAAGGCCUCUCCUCUGGCCGGCACUACUGGGAGGUGGAGGUGGGCCGCAAGAAGGCAUGGACCCUCGGCGUGGCCCGAUCAUCUGCCCGUCGCAAGGGUGACAUCCGACUUAGCCCAGAAGGUGGCUUCUGGUGCCUGUGGCUCAAGGAUGGCGAGGUGAAAGCACUUGCCUCCAGCAGGAUCCCUCUGCACCUUCCUGCACUGCCCCACAAGGUGGGCAUCUUCCUGGACCACGAGGUUGGACAGGUGUCCUUUUAUGACAUAAAGGCACAGGCUCAUCUCUACACGUUCCUGGACACAUUUGACGAGAGCGUGUACCCCAUCUUUAGUCCCUGUGUCUGCCAAGAGGGAAAGAACCUGGGGGCCCUGGUGAUCACAGCAGUGAAGCAUGGGGAUCUUAGCAGCUACAGCUCCCUGCAUUUGGCAAUGGCUUCACCUACAAAUAUAUUAGCAGAAGAACAGGUACACUGUUCCAUCUGCCUGGAUGUCUUCACUAAUCCGGUCUCUAUCCCCUGUGGACACAACUUCUGCAUGGCCUGUAUUGGCAGCUACUGGAAAACUAGUUCCCUCUUCAUGUGCCCCAUGUGCAAGAAGGUGUUCCUUAAGCAGCCAGACAUCAGCAUCAACACUGUACUGCGUGAGAUUGCAGAGCAGUUUAAAGAAAUGAGGGCCAAGCCCAUUGUGAAACCACAACAAAAACAGCAGCUAGAGGUCUAUGAACAAGAGCAUCUUACAGAAGAGCUCCCCACAGAAUUGCCUGAACUGAUCCCAUCAAGUGGACCCUGGACAGGGGAAGUGUUUUGUGACGUUUGCACUGCUACCCAGCAACAGGCUGUCAAGUCUUGCCUGGUGUGCCUCACAUCGUACUGUGAAGAGCACCUAAAGACACAUACAGCCAGAUUUACCAAGCACAAGUUGAUUGAGCCUGUGCAGAAUCUCGAGGACCGCAUGUGUAAAAAGCAUGAGAGGCUACUGGAGCUGUUUUGCAAGAAAGACCAGGUCAUGGUGUGCGUGCUCUGCACAGAAAUGGACCAUAGGGCACACUACACUGUGCCUGUUGAAAGAGAAUGGAAUGAAAGGAAAGCUCAGAUGAGGAAAACAGAGGCAGAGGUUCAGCAGAUGAUUCAAGAACGGCUCAAGAAGGUGAAGGAAAUCAAACACUGUGUAGAACUGAAUAAAAGCAGUUCCAAGAGUGAGAUUGAGCACAGUAUGCAGGUGUUUUCGAACUUGGUGCAUGCAACUCAGAAGGCCCAGGCUGAGCUUGUUGUAGCUAUUGAAGAGAAGCAGAGGAAAACAGUGCUCUGGGCUCAGGGACUCAUUGAGGAGCUAGAACAGGAGAUCACCAUGCUAAAGAUGAGGAACACUGAACUAAGUCAUCUUGCCCACACGGAGGACCACAUUCAUUUUCUCCAGAAGUUCCCAUCUCUAAUCACUCAUCCACAAACUAAGGACUGGUCUGAGACACAUGUGCACACUGACCAGUGUGUAGGGACCAUUAGAAGAGUUGUGUCCAAACUGGAGGAGACCUUGACACAGGAGAUUGAGAAACUUGCAGAAACUGAGCUUAAGAUAAUUCAGAAAUACUCAGCUGAUGUAAUACUUGACCCUGACACAGCCAAUCCAUGGCUGCAGCUGUCAGAGGACAGACGACAAGUGCGUCAUCUGGGGGCAUGGCAGGACAUACCAGACACACCAGAGCGAUUUGACACAGUGGUCAUUGCCCUGGGCCAGCAGGGCUUCAGCUCUGGCCGGCAUUACUGGGAGGUUCAAGUGGGUGAAAAGGAUGACUGGUACCUGGGCGUGGCCCGUGCAUCUGUCAGGAGAAAGGGGCGGAUUACAGUAAGCACAGCACAUGGCUAUUGGGCACUAGCAAUGAAGAAGGGGAAUGAGUACCGUGUCUCCUCCUCCCCACCACUUCUGCUUACUAUUGAGCCCAAGCUGAAGAGGGUGGGUGUCUAUGUCGACUUUGAGGAAGGACAAGUGUCGUUUUAUGAUGUGGUCAUAAAGAGCCACAUCUACACCUUCAUGGAUUCAUUCAGGGAGAAACUGUACCCAUUCUUCUACCUGUACUGCUGUGAUAAGGCCUCAGACAUACUAAGCAUCUGCCCGGUGACAGAAAGCACCCACAGCAAACUGUGCUGAAAGAGAAGGAAACACUAGAGCAAAGAUAAUAGAAAUUGUUGCAACUGAUUAGCAUCUAGUUUGCACCUGGACUUCGGAAAGCAAUAUGAUAUUUGUACCAUCCUACAGUGAUAAAAUGCUUUGUAAAAACAGACUUAUAUAUAAUCAGUGUACAUUAUACAAUUGUCUUCAGCGGCAUAUUUUACUUUGUAUAAUGUUAAUUAUUUUCAUGAACACAUCAUCUUUCUACAGGUCAGCUAUUAAUAACAAGUUUUCUUGUAGCCCACAUUAGAGGAAUAAAUAGUAUAAAAAUAUGCAUUCAUCUCAAUCUCAAAUGGACAUCAAAUGUGUCCGGUUUUUUUUGUUUUUUUGUUUUGUUUUUGUUUUUGUUUUUUUGCACAGUGCGGUAUGA